AUGAAAUGGUCUCAUCAUGCGACGGGAAGAGCCCUUCAGUCCAGCGCGUUCGUGCAGAGUGUUCCGAGAGGUGUUGCAUUGCGGAAUUCUGCAAUCAGGGAAUCCUGUUUUGUCCAAAAACGGUUUGCACACGUUCGAAAGAGGCGAAGGGCUUUUAUAGUGGCAUCUGUGGCAACAAGUGGUACCACGAAGAUACAUCAGCAGGAUGUUCAAGCGUUGAUUCCUCUCCAGGCUGCAAAACCACGCCCUGAACUUCGCUUCCUGCAACUGCUGUGGCAAAACUGGAGAAUACUGGUGCCUGCUCUAGUUGCUGCAUUAGUGGCCAGUUGCUGCGCUGUCGUUCAACCUGUGCUUCUCGGGCGAAUUAUCGCCGUAUUAGCUCGAGCAGAGACGCUCCCGCAGACCGUCGCAAGGUCCAGUCUACUUCGAAAAGCAGGAGGCCUGGUCAUUGUUUACUGUAUCGAACUAACAUGUACAAUCACUUUUGUAUCAUUAGUGACACGAAGCAUCGACAGAUCAUUGCGGCAACUACGCGAAACCCUCUUUAGGAAGACCCUGCGCAAUGAUCUUGGGUUCUUCGACAAUAUCGGUCGCUUUGAAAUUGAGAAAACCAUUUCGAAAGACAUCAGUAUCGUGAGGGACAGUAUUUGGGGGAAUCUUAGCCGGGACCGCGGUCUUCGCGCUAUGUUAGAGAUAUUCCUCGGUCUCGCCUUAUGUCUUUCUAUUACCGGCGUUGUGGGCGCACCGAUAUUUGGCGGUCUGGUUCCGGUGGUAGCAACCCUUGUCGCUCAAAUGGGGCUGCGAAACGGUCGACUGGCAUCCGCUGUGUUUGCUAAAGACUCAACAAUCCAGUCGUAUUUAAACGAAAGGCUGCGCGGAGUCAGAUUAGUCAAAGCGUUUGGUGCCGAAAAACGGGAACAACGAGAUCUUGGCAAUCUCCUUGACAAUGCUGAGGUCGAUUCAAACAAGUUUGGUGUGAGUAAGGCGAUGACUGAAGGGGCAAAUAGAGUCGGCAUAUACUUUACUAUCAUGACAUAUUUUGUGUUGGGAGGUCUCAUGAUUUGUGCCGGGAAGAUAACUUACGAAACUUUCGCGUGCUUGACAGGAUUCAUCUGGAUUUUGAAUUUCGCAAUGCAGGGUGUCUCCUAUACGAUCACAGACGCCGCGAAAGCCGGAGCGUCGUUGAAAAGCAUAUACGCCCUUUUGGAUCAAGCGAACGCUUUCGGCAGAGCGCAGAAGCUCAUUAACUCUUCAGGUUCUCCGCAAACCAAGUUGAAAGGUGAAAUUCAGUUCCAUGAUGUCAGUUUCCACUAUCCCAGUAGACCUGAAGCUUCCGUACUGCAGGGUGUGAAUUUCUCAAUUCGACCUGGACAGAUGAUUGCCCUUGUGGGUGAUUCGGGUGGGGGGAAGUCUACGAUCGCAGCCAUGGUGACAAGGUUUUACGCCCCAACGUCUGGGUCGGUAACAGUGGAUGGCAUAGACCUUCAAUCGUUGCCGAACAAAGUAUAUUCUCGGUACUGCUCGCUCGUUGACCAAGACCCUAUUCUCUUCCAAGGCUCCAUCAAGGAGAACAUCGCUUACGGACUUCCAGAUGAAGAUGUCAGUGAUGAAGAGGUCAUUCGUGCGGCCACUGAAGCGAACGCCCAUGAAUUCAUCGUGAAACUAAAAGACGGAUACGACACAAUUUGGAGCCCAGAAUCCAAUAUCUCCGGCGGUCAGCGGCAGCGCAUAGCAAUUGCGAGAAGUUUAGUGAAGUCACCACGUAUUCUCGUCCUAGAUGAGGCAACUUCCGCCUUAGACCAAGAGAGCGAGCGUAUUGUCCAGAACGCCCUUGAAAGAGUGAUGAAGAACCGCACAGUGCUCAUCAUUGCACACAGAUUGAGUACGGUGCGAACAGCGGACAAAAUUCUUUUCGUCAAAGACGGUCAAAUUGUCGAAGAGGGUACCUACGACCAGCUGUGUGCAAAGAAGGGUGGGUAUUUUCAAACCCUAGUGCAUUCCGCUACGGAACUGGUGGGAAACGCAACCUCGUCUAUUUAGGUAUGUAAGCUGGAGUUCGGGGAUUUCCGAAAGAACCCGCAGCAUGAGCCUUGCACUUGUGCGAAUGUUUUUGAAACACUUAUCGGUGACGAUUUUCUCAGCGACAAA